UGUAGUUCGCUCUUGUCUGUCGUGCGACGCGUUUCCUCGCUGCUGCUACGGUUGCCGUUCGUUUCGCGCCCGUCGACGCGACCUUCGUUUCGCGUAACAGCAGCCACUAGCGCGUCGUCUCUCGGGUGUAGUAACGACGUAGCGUACGCCGUCCGGGCAACCGCGGUGCGCGUAUUGCGUCUCGGUGUGUGCUGUCAUAGUCUAUGACAGUUCGCGUCGUUUUACGCGGUGUGAUCGUUCGUGUGUGAGACGACAGAGCGUGUGCGAAAAGUCAAGUAACUCCGAGGGGGAGAAAGAGAGAGAGAGAGAGAGAGAGAGGACGGAGAACGUUGAACGCGGUCGGUAGUGUAAUUCGAGUCUUUCGUGUCCGUCUGUCGCCUUUCUUCUCCAUCGCGAUCUCCAUCCUUCUCGCAAUUGGGAAUUACGUAGUGGAAGAGACGGAAAAUACGACGAACAUCGCGUAAGAGAUCAUCUCUUGGACAUACGAAAAAAGUGAUAGAGAGCGACGAACACAGAGAAAAUCUCGCCGAUAAGACGAGUUGGUGGUUAUAAAUUAUUUAUCUUUUGGAAAACAUGAAUCCGUGUGUCGUGACGAUAAAAUAAUCGCGGUGUUUACGUUUGCGAGUGUGAGAACUGGUGUUAAGUCGGGGAGAAAUCCGGAUGGUGCUUCGCAGUGGAUACUAAAUAUCUCAGUGGAUAUACUACUACUUAAGAGUGUAGCAUAUGGCCCUGGACUAUGGUACUACCAUUUACAAUAUGCACCACACGAAUCAACUAGAAGACGUGGGCUACAGAAGUGUCGAGAUCACGUCCGCCUUCACGCAUUUGCCUCAAAAGGAGAUGGCCAGGGAUACGCCGGGCUCACCGAUGCCGCGACCGCGAGAUUUGGGCGCCGGCGGCGGGGGAGGCGCGGCAACGGCCACCCUGACUUCCGGCGCUUAUCAUGCCGCAGCCGCCGAUACCGCCAGCCUGCACGGCCACGCGCUGCAGCAGAAGAUACUCGAGCUACAGCAGCACCAUCAGAUUCAACAACAGCUCCUCCGGCAGCAAUAUCAGGCCCAAGAACGACAAUUGGCUGAACUGCACGAGCAACAGAUGCAUCAACUCAAGGUGAGUCUAAUCUUAAAGACUCAUACUUCACAUCUCUGGGAACAGCAGAAGCAACUGGAAGAGAGACGAGAAAAGGAGAGGCUGGAGGCUCUCAGGAAGAAGGACAAACACGAUCACAGUGCGAAUGCAUCCACCGAAGUCAAGCAACGCCUUCAGAGCUUCCUGGUGAACAAGAAGCAGAGAGAGGCAGCCGCCGCGGCGAACGGAGCUGUACCUGGUACACCCGGAUACAGGAGCUGGCUUCAACCACAAUCGGAAUCAUCCAGCACCACGAAUGCGGCGCAUCCAUAUCGAAUGCCGCAGAUGCUCCAGGAGAAGUUCGGUGACGAUUUCCCGCUUAGGAAGACAGCCUCGGAGCCGAACCUGCUGAAGGUGCGACUAAAACAGCGCGUGGAGAGGAACAUGGCAGCAUCGAGAAACUCACCCCUGAUGGCACGUCGGAAGGACCGCCUGCUAUCGCAUCUCAAGCGGAAGUCGUUACUAGCAAAUUCUGGCAGCAAUCCCGAAUCCGGGCCUAACUCUCCCCCGACUGUGAACAAUUCUCAAGCCAGUCCCACCGCUGGAAGCAACACGGCGAUACAAGAAGAAGGUGAGAGCCCUGCAUACGGAGGACGUCUUACUAGUAGUAGUCAACAAGGCAGUCUUUCGGAUCUUUCGCUCUUUAGUUCACCGUCCAUGCCUAACAUCUCGUUGGGUAGACCCCACGUACAGUCGAGCUCAUCGAGUGGGACGAAAUUGGCACCGGUUUCGGAAGCGGAAGUGCGCGCCGCGUUCACGGCACGUCUCGGGAUGCCGCUCACCGGUCAGAUGCUGCAUGGCACUUUACCAUUCUAUCCGUCCUUGACGGUCAUCGAAGGCGAGCCAACGUACAUCCAUAAGCAGAUCCAGCAGAAUUUGCAGGAGCAAGGAGCGCCACCGCCGUCCGCGGCAGCGGUAGCCGGCAGUAGGCAGCAUUCGGCGGCGGCUGCGGCAGCAGUGUAUCACACCGCGACGCCGAUCACGGAUACACAAGUAGCGCACGCGAGACUGCAUAAGGCUGGUCACCGGCCUUUAGGUAGUAGAACCCAAUCCGCGCCACUGCCCUUGGGUCAUCCAAUGCUGCAGGGCGGAAUAAUAGCGCCGACUACUCAUUACGAGGAAUAUCUUGCGGAGAAGCAGUUACAUGAUCAACAGCAGGCACACAACUAUCUGAAGCAACAGAUCCGUCAGACGGUGCUGACGCGAGUGGGCUCGCGUGGCCAGGCCAAUCAACUGGACGAGGCGCCGGAGACCGAAGAGUCCGAGGUGAUAGAUCUCACGGGCAAGAAAGAUCAUCCGGAAGAGAGCGAGAUCUCAAAACAACAGAGGGACCGCGAACAGUUUUUGCAACAACAGAGGGAUCUCAUGAUGAGACAUACAUUGCAAACGAACGAGUCAACCGUCUACGCCGCAAGUAGGACCUCUCAAUCGGCCAGGCCACUCUCGAGAGCGCUUUCGAGUCCUCUAGUACAUUUAGGUCCUCAGGGCAGCAGUGGCGAUAUGUUCGGGCGAGGUUCUCCGCACCGACCCACUACUGGAUUAGCAUACGAUCCGCUGAUGCUGAAACACGCAUGUGUCUGUGGCGAGACGGUCAGAGGUCAUCCUGAACAUGGUGGUCGAUUACAAAGCGUGUGGGCCAGACUCUCGGAAACGGGCUUGUUGCAGCGUUGUGACCGAGUACGCUCGCGCAAAGCUACUCUCGAAGAGAUCCAAACAUGCCACAGUGAGGCGCAUGCGCUCUUAUUUGGAACGAAUCCGUUGAAUCGACAAAAACUGGACAUGUCCAAAUUGUCGCAAUUGCCUAUCAAAAGCUUCGUCCGACUUCCUUGCGGCGGAGUUGGCGUUGAUUCUGACACAACGUGGAACGAAUUCAAUACCGCGCCCGCCGCUCGAAUGGCUGUAGGAUGCGUCGUCGAUCUUGCGUUUAAGACAGCGAUGGGCGAUAUUAAGAACGGCUUCGCCGUAGUGAGGCCACCCGGGCAUCAUGCAGAGACUAAUCAGGCCAUGGGUUUCUGCUUCUUCAAUUCAGUGGCGAUUGCGGCGAGGCUGCUUCAGCAGAAACUCGACGUUAGAAAAAUUCUAAUCUUAGAUUGGGACGUUCAUCAUGGGAACGGCACCCAGCAGAUGUUUUACGACGAUCCGCGAGUGCUGUACCUGUCGAUACACAGACACGACGACGGUAACUUCUUCCCUGGAACCGGCGGGCCCACCGAAUGCGGCGCUGGCGAGGGUCUCGGCUAUAACGUGAACGUGGCGUGGUCCGGUGGCCUGAACCCGCCCAUGGGUGAUGCGGAGUAUCUCGCAGCGUUCCGCACGAUCGUCAUGCCGAUCGCCAAGGAGUUUGAUCCGGACAUCGUGAUCGUCUCGGCCGGCUUCGACGCAGCCGUGGGCCAUCCAGCGCCGUUGGGCGGUUACAAGGUCAGCCCAGCGUGUUUUGGCAGGAUGACGCAGCAGUUACUUAAUCUAGCUGACGGCAAAGUCGUCCUCGCCCUGGAAGGUGGCUACGAUUUGGCGGCGAUUUGCGAUUCGGCACAGGAAUGCGUCCGGGCGUUGCUCGGCGACGAGCCUAGUCCACUUCGAGACGAAGAACUCGCAAGGAUUCCCUGUCAAAACGCCAUCGACACGCUGCAGAAAACCAUCGCCAUUCAGAUGUCACAUUGGCCUUGCGUAAAACUCGCUGCUCAUACAGUAGCAAUGAGCGCGAUAGAAGCGAGCCAAAAAGAACACGACGAGACGGAAACAGUGUCUGCGAUGGCCUCUCUAUCUAUGCAGCAGCCUACAAACCUCACAACCACGCCAGAACAUUCCCGAGAGGUUUCCGAGGAGCCAAUGGAGCAGGACGAGGCCAAAUGAGACGCGUGAAGAUUAUUCUGCUAAAUAUAGAAAGCAUAAUUCAUUGUACGAAACUGUGUAAAUGCUCUUUGGGAUGAUUAGAAGCGCAUUUCUCAGUGCAAAUAGAGGGACUAUUGUCGCGCACGGCUACUGUGACAGGCGCACGGUCAGCCGGAAAUCACUUGCGGGAACUUGAUCGAAGUGUAAACUCAUGCACAGUCCCAAGUUUACAAUUUUUAGUUUAUUUCAGGAAAAGGCGCAAUAGUUGGAUAAAUAACGGCCAAGUAAUAAGGAAGAAGUGAUCUGUAAAAAUUUCGAGAGAUCAAUGACAAUUUGCGAUGAUGCAUCGCAAGCUUACGGAUGGAUCUCCUAUUCUUUUUUCUUGUGCUAACGAAGACAAAAAGUUGUUUACGAGUCUUGCAAAUGUUUCUAUUGUUCUUCGCGCGUUUGAAGCGCAAAAAUGUUGUACAAUUAGCAUACGGAUGACGAAUUGUAUUUGCCGUUCCAUAGAGAGACUUUUUUUAUUGUGGAACGCAUGGUUUGUAAUCUUUUUAAUGAAUUAACGCUAUUAAUAUCGUUGAAAUGAACUCGAACGCGCUAAAAACAGCUUUCGCCCACCAAUUGGAUAUCGCUUGGCAAAUUUUCGAUCCCAGUGUCUUAUCGACGAACAACGAAUGAUUUCGAGAAUCUGAUAUCGAGUAAAAACCGGAAUGCAGACAUUUUGCAAUGUUAUUAGCAAAAACUAUUUUUCUCUGGACAGUUCCAUUUGAAAAAAGAUCUUUAGAUCAAGCGCAUCGUCGUAACUCGGUGGGAGAAAAUAAAUUGUGAAUACACACAUUCUCUUCGAAAAUCAACAUUACAAACAUCCACCAAUACUUUGUUGAAUCGUUAUCGAUGUAUAACGAAGCGUCGAACUUUCUUACAGCUGUAUAAAACAGUCUGAUGCAUCGUGUUGCCUUGGAUAAUUCGCAGGAAGAAUUAAUAUUCAUGAUAAUUCAUCAUAUAUAUUUUUGAAUGCUAAUUGCGAUCUUGGGCGUCUGCUUAGAACAGAACUUUUAACGAAUCGUAUUUUAAACGAAACAUUCAGGGAGAUAAGUACAGGGAAUUUGAAAAAAAACUGUGUUAACCCAACAAAUGCGUAUCUCGAAUCGUAGAGAUUCCUUUUGUAUAUUGCGCCUAUCGUUACACGAAAGACAACACGCGGCAGGGACACAUAUAGAUAAUACAUACAUUAAUCAUGAAGAAUGUAUGAUUUUUCGAUACGAACAAUCGCAUCUUUUCGUGACUUUCGAGCGUCGACAACGUAAAUGUCUUUAUUUGCAAACAAAUUCGUUUUUAAAAUAGGAAUAUAUUUCCCCCCUUUUUACAAAUUAAAGUUAAACGGAAAGAGCAAGCUUAAUGAUAAGGAAACAAUUUACAUGUAAUCACGAGAGAUUGCUAUUCUCUUUGAGAUUCUCUUCGUAGUGAUUCGAAGAGACCUCCUAUUGAGAAUAUAUAUUUGUUGUAAAAAAUUAUAAGAGUUAAAAAACAAAAGAAAAAGCAACACAUUGUUGAAUAUAAUUCUACGUCGAGCGCUUUUUGAAUAAACUAAGAUGCUAACGGGUCAUAAGAUGCGCGGAAGAGAAGUACCAGACUAUCGUGCACAGAAGGAGAAAUGUUCUCCGAAUUUUCAGAAAUUUUCGCAUGUACGUCAGGUCUCUCUUGGAAGAGUACCUACCAUACAAUAUAAUUGGACAAACGUGUAUUUAUAAAAGAUAGUAGCGUUAGAUGUGUAUUUUCGCCGCGAUCUAUACAUUCGUUGGAAACGCGUGCGCGUAUCGUGCUGGUCACUGGCGCUUUAUUGUUUUUCAUCGUCCGCGAUUCGCUUUCCCUGUUCUUCGAGCAUUUUGGAGUACGAGCUUGUAAAAACUGCCUGCCAGUUGCGCGAGCAUUUCUUUCGAAACGAGGCGACAAUUCGUGAUACGUGAUAAAAACGAAAAAGAAAACACAGUUGAUGUCUAUAUCCUAAGAUCCGAUAUUAUGUCGUAUGCGCGACUAUACGCAAAUGUAUAUGUGUGACGGCACGUGCGAACAUUGAAACAUGAAAAACUAAGAUCACUCGCCGUAUCAUGCCGAGAUCCUGGGAGUUGCCAUGGCGUUUCUCGACGCAAAUUACUUCACCAUAUUCGAUUAUAUUCGGCUGUUAUCAGAUGAUACAGUUGUCAAGAACAAUAAUCUUUAAAUCCUUUUGCUACAGAGAAGAGUUAUAAGAUUAUCCAAUAUAAAAAAAAAAGUUUCAUCCAAAUUGUAGUUUCACUACAAUUAGUUAUAUUUAUAGAUGUAACAAAAUUUGACUCAAAUUUAUAUUUCGUAAUUCAGAUAAUUUGAUUCGCUCAAGCUUUGAUUCGCAAGCAAUUAAUUGUCUGCACUGGAUUAAUAGAAAUUAAUAAAACAGCAUGUUUAUCAAACGUAAUACGCAUUGAUUAAGAUAUUUGAAGAUAUUUAAAAUAAAUUGAGAGAAGGAUUUUAACAUUUCGUUUCUUCUCUUUGAAAUUCCCAAUGCAAUACAUGUUCGAAAUUUAUAAGUAUUUACUGUAUAAAAUUUAUCGUCUGUCUCUGCUAUUACGCGAAUCACUGCCAAAGAUAAUUAUAUGAUAUGGUACAUGUUUCUCCAUGAGCACGUGCAGUUGCAUUAAUACAAUGUUAAAAUAUAUGUUGUUAAUGUUAUCAAGUGCGAGAGGCGCAGAACGAAUCGAGAGGGUAUCGUUCUGACAAGAUUUCAACAACUUGGUUUCUUGCUGCGAACACAAAGGCUGGUGUGAUUUUUGUGAUAUUUUGUAAAAAUAAAAAAGAAGCUAAGCUAUAUACGGUUAAUUAAAAGUAUACGUCGCGGAGAUGCCUGUAUGUGUGUGUAUGUAGGAAAAGCAGAGGUAAAUAUAAUUCACAGAUACAAGCAUUUAUUUUUGUGUCAUGCAUUUUACGAAGAAAAGGAUAAAAAAAGAAACAAAGAUGAAAAUAUAAGAGAACAAAUCUAUUGAUAAACGAAUUACACGAGAAUGCAUAUAUUAUAUAUAUCGUUUGUCAUGUAAGAAAUAAAAAGAUAUAUACAUAUAUCUUAUAUAAUUCUAUAUAUAUUAAAAUAUACCGACAUAUAUGUACAUUGUAUAUCCGUGUAUCGCAAGAAUCUCAAGUGUCUGUUACAUGUUUGUCCCGAUAAAAAAAAAUUCACUGAGGAAACGUUGCGUGUAUAAAAAUCGUGACUCGAUGUAUAUUAAAUAUAAAUAUAUAUACGAGUCCAGCCUAUGUGUGUGUAUACAAUAAAUUAACAAGAAAGAAAGAGAGAGAAAAGGAAGAAUGUUAAGAAUGAUUCGCAGCACACACCAGUCUAUCAUUAAGACAGUAAAUGACUCUAUUGUAAUAUUAUGGAAGAUAAUUUUAAGCAGAGAGAGAGAGAUGUGCAUAUUUCUCUUGCUUAUCAUUUAAGAGCGAUUUGUGGUCGUUAGCGUCACCCGUGAUUAUCAGUCGAGCCCUUUUUGAAGUUUACGAAAAGAUAUCGUGGGCCUACAAAUCCUAGUUAACGUUCUUCAUCGCGAUAUUCCUGUCCCUGAUUUGUUCAUCUCGUUUCUUCAUUGAUCCCUUUAUUGUUCGAUCUAAGCGAUUAAAAUAUCCGAAAGACACGAAGAGAUUCGUACUCGUAUUCUACAUUUCAUAUUAAAUGUGACUGUAAAUCUGAAUUUUCUUUUAUACAAAGAUUAUAGUACAAUUAUGUCUUAGAAUCAAUAUUGUUUUUGGGGAGCUAAAUGUAAAAUGUGAAUACACAGGAUAAAAUCUUACAAAUGUUUCGUUUAAAUUUUCGAGCUUCUAUUCAUAUUUCGUAUCUAACAUUAAAUACGAUGGCUUAUAAUAUCAACACACACCACACAUAUAAUAUUUUCUUAUUUAAAAUAAAACCCAAAUUUAGAUUGUCGCGUUUAAAAAAUAAUAUGGAGUACGAAUACGGAUCUUAAUAUUUUAAACUGUUGUAUUGCUUAGAUAGAAUCGGCACGUGAUUGACGUGUUUUGCGCGACUUUUGUUUGGAGCGAAAAGGAGAAAGAGAGAGAAAACUUACGACAUUCCGGUAUCACCAUUCAUAGCAAGUUGAUACAAAUUAUAUGUAAAUGAGCUAUAAGUUCUUAUCCGAAAGCGCCGAGUAUAAAUGUGAAUUUUAACAGAGCUCUACUGUUACGUUAUUACACACAUGCACGAAUAUAUUGUCUAUAUUGCAUAAGCUUAAUGUAAUAGUCAUAAAUUUUUUAUGUAUAUAAAUGUACCUCGUAAACUAAUUUUAAAUAAAAAGUAUAGUCAUUGUGUUAAC